GAAAUUCAAGCUAUGUCAUUGUUCACACUUUGUUCAGUUGAACUCAAUUCAAAAUUGAAAACGGCGGGCUGAUCUUUCUCUCUCCUCUCAUUCCAUAUUUCUCUCUUGCUACCUCCCAUGGCUUCAGUGCUCGAAAAGUUGCGGGAGCUUCGAAGAGUUUGUGAUAAAGAUAUUAUUGAACCUCAUCAGCAAAAAGCCGGCGAAGUUUUUCCCUCUUUUCGGAAUUUUCUACAAUCAUAUAGACCCAAGGCUGAGAUAAAUGCUCAUACUCACGUGAAAUUGGGGAAACUAAAAGUUGAAUUAAGAGAAUUGGAGGAUCAAUUGGUCAGAGCUUUGGCAGUUAAAACACGGAAGGAGACUAAGCGGAUUGCACUAACGGACUCCCUUUCUGAAACAAUUGUGAAUGUGGACGAGCUUCAGAAAAUUGUACUAGAUCAAGCAGCUAGGAAAGAUGAAUAUGCUAACAUCCUAUUGGAACAGUCAAAUGCUCUUGCUGAAUCUGAAGAGAAGAAUAGGCGAGAAGCUUCUCGGGACAGAGAAGAACUACAAGAGGCAUUUACAUGGUACAAUAGGGUACUUGGUUUCCGUAUUGAUGGGGGACGUGGUAUUACAUUCACAUUUACUAAGAUCAUCAAAAAUUGUCCAACUGAGGAGUAUUCUUUGACCGUUCGUUAUGCGAAUGAAAAAUAUACUUUGCUUGAUUGUAAGCCAAAGUUAAAUGACAUUGAAGAGCUGGUCCAUGAGUUGAACAAAAGCAAUGGCUUAUACAAAUUUGUUAGAAUUAUGAGAGGAAAGUUACAAGCUGCAUCAUCAGGGUCAGUGUCUCACUUCAUAUAUCAGGAUCAAGAUUGUACCAGUUCCUGUUUAUCUGCCCCAGUUUCCUGUGUUUCAACUGAUAGCAUAUGUAAAUCACCACUCCCACUUAAUGUAGUCAGUGGAGAUAUUAAGAAACGCAAUUAUGUAAAAGGCGCCAAAUCACCUCAUCUCUUCGAAUCUCCUCGACGUUCACCUCGCCUUUUGAUAGCAAAGAAACCUAGAGAAGCUUGAACGUAUUUGCACUCCCCAAAACCUGGGGAAAAUGCAACUUAUGGGAUGGAUCAUCAACUGCUGGUUGGACACGCAUGUCGUGAGAAGUCUUGUAGUAUAACUGUAGUUAGUAUAUCUAAUUGUAUUCUAGCAUAUUCUUUUUAGAAAUUUUCUUCUGAAUAGUGGAGACUGCUGUUGCUGCUGCUGCUGCUGCUAUUUUGAUAUUUCAAGUUCUUUUAGUUCCUUUUUUAUUCUGGGGUUGUAAGUUGAGCUCCGUUUUGGUGUAAAUUCUUGUAAUAUAUGUAUUUUGCCUUCUAAUUUCAUGUCCUUGGUUUUGAGCAUCUAAUAUAUUGAACUAGACUGAUUUA